AUGGAAACAUGUUGGGAUACAGUGACACGUGAUGGUGAACUUAUUAGCCCAUAUGACCUUGCGUUCGGCAGUAAAAACCAAUAUUUUUACGUAGCAGAUUUUUACAAUGGUCGUAUUCAACGCUAUUCAGUUAACAGUGGUGGCAAUCAAACUGGCGUAACAGUACUGAACAUGACUGCGAGGACUGGAACAUUUCGCGGGUUUUAUGAUGGCGUGUUAAACAAUCCGGGCUCAGUUUUUGUUGAUAAAAAUGAUAAUAUAUUUGUUUGUGAAACAUAUCGUCCACAUCGUGUACUAAAAUUAUCACCGAAUGGAACAUUAACAACAGUGAUUGAACCAAAAGAUAGCGUUACUGUAUGUGGUGGAAAUGGUAAAGGUGAUAAUUUAAAUCAAUUAAAUCGUCCAUGGCCAGUUUUUGUUGAUAGUAAUGAGAAACAAAUUUAUGUGGGUGAUGGUCUCAAUGGUCGUGUUGUUCGUUGGUCAAUAGGUGCUAAAAAAGGUGAAAUUGUUGUGGGUGGUAACCAAAGUAGUAAUAAACAAAGUGAACUAUCUCGUGUUGGUGGAAUCGGAUUCGAUGCAGAUGGAAAUUUAUAUGUUACGGACUUUGACGAAGGUGAAAUUAAAAAGUUUUUGAUUGAUAAUUAA